AAACACAAAAACUCCCGGAUGUUAUCAACUUUUGAACAUUCUUCUCACUGAAGAUUGUAUCUCUGUCAACAAAACAAACUGCAAAUGCAAGUCCAUACGAAGUUACUUUGAACUGCAUUCAACGAGCAAGGCCUGCUUCUUUCUUGUCCAAAUCUUUGCACAAGUGGAUACUUACUUUAAAGUUACAGUAUCAUUCAAUCUCCAUAGAAAAGCAGUGCGACUUGAUUCCAAACUGAUGUGACAAGGAACAAAAAUGGAGCUGUUUCUCUGACAUGCUGUAGGCAUAGGACUUCCUCUCUUGACUUUCAUUUUCAAGAAUAUUUUGAAAAUUGAUUACUUACCUACAUUUGACUAUUGAAAAGCUACAAUGGACAGCGGAUGUGCAGAUUUUUACAAGUUUGAAGGACGAAAUCUAUAUUUAUGAAACAGUGAAGUGAAAACUACAGUACAGCCUACAGCAAGUGUUCACUUUGAAGGAGAUACAACCCCCUGUGGGGAGUUGAAAUGUAUCCCUAUUCCACCAAGUACAGUAGUAAAGGGUCUAACCGUGUGCCAGCCUACCACAGUUACGGCAGCAGUAGCACUCAUCUGAAACAAGCAGCGAGUCAUUCGAGGCCCCGCCCGCGACACGCCCAGAUGGAGGAGGACGCCGCCUCUAGCGCAGCAGGCCCCGCCCCUACCUCCAUGUCCACGGCCACGGGAGUGUCGUCCAAGUACAUGGAGUACCCGCCCACCAAGCCUUUCGUCAACACAGACUUCACGAGGCCGGACAGGCCCGUCAACGCCUACCCGACCAGUGAUAGAGAUGCGGUGAUCUCCGCCUUGCGGAACCUCCAGGAUAAGGUGAAGAAGUUGGAGAUCGAGCGGACGGCCGCGGAGCACAACCUGCGAUGUCUGGCCGAGGAGACGGAGCAGUACAAGGGGCUCGUCUCCUCCGACCGAAAGGCUACACACACGGACACCAGCAGCAGCGGCGGCGCCGGUGGCCCCGUCACGAACGGCGGGGGAGGCGGGGGAUACGUCGGUAGCCAGACCCGAGAGCUGGAGGGCCAGCUGUCAUCCGCCGAGGGCCGGUGCCAGGUGCUAGAGCAGCAGCUGGACUACAUGCGCAAGCUGGUAGAGAACUCGGAGCAGGACCGGCGCUCCCUGAUGGAGAAGACGCUGCAGGCCCGCCAGGACCGGGAUGCGGCCGGCUCGGACAUCAAGGUCCACCUGGACCGGCUCAAGGAGCUGGAACGGGACCAGCUCAGGCUCACCGCCACGCAGACCCUGGCCGAGAGAGUAAAAGACGAAAAGACAGAGUCCAAAAUUAAACAGUUGGAGAACCAAGUGAGGGAAGAGAAAUUGCACAGGAGAACGUUACAGGAUAGGACGGCUCAGUUGGAGACUGCCACCCGAGACAAGAAAAUGGCCCCUGUGCGAACAGAAAUCUCCACCCAGGCACCAUCCAGUACAAUAAAGAGUCCAGCCCCUGUUUCAGCAGCGGUAAGGACAAAGAAACCGCCAAAGAAGAAGAAGAAAAAGGCAGCAGCACCACCAGUCAAGCGACCAACCAGUGCCUGCAGAUCUUCCGAGCCUUCAAGGCAUUAUAGACUGAACCUGGCAGAGAUUCCUUUUGUGGCUGGGAAGUCCACCACUCCCAGUCAUUCUCUUGGUGCUAACGUGCAAAAGGUCCUGGCCAUGAUGAAGUCACACAACACAGCCCUGUGCACCAAUUCGUGUCACCACGGGAGCAGUGAAGGUCAAAGGUCAGACAGCCCCGCCUCCUCCACUGGGUCCAGUGUGGUCAGCACUGACCAGGAGCUUAACGACCUCCUGUCACAGCUACAGGACGAGUUUGGUCAGCUCAGCAGUGAGCACCAGGACCUCAUGCACCAGAUACACAGCUGUCGGGACAGCCGGCUGCAGGAACAGCUGGAGCAGGAGCUAGAUGUUUUGGUCUCCCGCAUGGAGGCCAAAGGUCAACAGAUUGCUAAAGUCCGGCAACAUCAGCAGAAGCUGGAUGAAGGGAAGAAAGUCCGGCCUGCCUCAGCUACCGCCAAGGUGGGAGACAAAGCCAAAAGACCUCACUCAGCUGGCGGCCGUAUGGUCAGCACUCACUACAACCACCACCAGCACCGCAGUCAGAACGGACACAGUCGACCCAAACCCCACAACUGCAACAAACCCGUCGGGAACUCUGCUCUCGGAAAGCCGGCUUUGUUCAUGCUUCGAGACAUGAAGAAAUUACAGACGACAUUACGAAGAGAUGAUCUCUGUUGGGAAUGAUCUCUGUUGCUUGUAGGCUAUCUGUUCUAUACCAGGAGUUGAAGAAACGCCGCGAAUAUUUUUAAAAUGUUGCUACUAGUGAAAGCAAGAGGUUAUUUGUUGACAAUUUUACUUCUGCUUUUAUGGAGGUUUAUACUAAGUAGGAUAGGACACCAAUGGAAUAACAUGAUUUUUCAAAGCAAGUUACAAAAUUGAACUGUGUCGUUUGCUAGGAAAAAAUCAUGUUUUUAUGCUGGUGUCCAGUAUUGUUUAGUAUAACCUCAACAAAAGCAGAUGAUAUUAUUUAAUGGUGAGGUGAAUAAAAAAAAUUAUAAAUCUGAAUCAAAUUUUGCUGUUUGGGAACUAUUACACCACUUUAUCCUCAACAAUCACACAAAAAUUGAAGAUUUCCUCAAAGUUACUUCUGUAUCGCAGCACUUUUUGGGUAUUUGGGAUAUAGCGUUGUUAUUUUACAUUCAAAAACAGAAAUCAUGCCACUGCAUUGUGAGUGCUAUAUUUCCAAUUUCACACUGCUAGAGAGUUAUUUAAUUCUCUACAUAGCUUAUACAUAGCAAGCCAAAAACUGUUCUUUUAUCUCCCUCUGUAACACUCCUUGCCAUAGGUUUCAUAUAAAUUCUGUAGUAAAAACUACAAGUUGUAUAAUGUGAAUUCUGAACAUUCCUGCAAACUGCAGCUGCAAGCCUUUGUUGUCAUAGAUUGAAUCUUUCAACUCUGACCCAGUGACUGAGUGAACCGCGGUGUCCGUGCCCUGCGUGUUGUGGCUCAACGUAGUGAUGAUGGCUGUGUCUGUGAUGAUGCCCUUUAUGUCAAAAGUUUCUGGCAGCUGACCACUGACCGUUUUGAUCCCUCCGACUUUGUAUAAACUCAAAAUGCCAAUUAUUGUGUUACUCUUAUGUGUCAUUGCUUUGCUGCAGAGCGAUGUACGUGUACAUGUAGUUAAAUGGAAAGUAGUAAGACUCUCUUAUAAUGCUGUCUUUAUAUAUCAAAGCACAAAUCAGAUGAGCAUUUCAGUGCGUUUUAUGUGUUUAGGUUUUUUUUCUAACCAUGUCUGAAUGGAUGUCCUAUAGGUUUGUCAUAGUUUCUUUAAAAGCCAAAACAAGAAGGAAAGAUUAUGGAUUUUUUACUUGUUUGUUUACAGAAUGUUCCUCGUAGAUCCACUGUUUCCAUGAAUGGAGGGCUCAAUUUCCUUUGAAGAAACCAUGGCUCUGUUUUAAAAGCUCAAUAUAAUAAUAUGCUGUUGACAAUGGGACCAUUGCUGUGUUGACUUCUAAAAGAAGGUUUCUAUAUUUUAACUAUAACUUGUUUUAUGUCAUCUUGAUCAGUGUAUUUCAAAAACAAUCCUGAAAAUUCAGUCAGUCUUAAAUCACUAUGAAACAUAGCUAGAUUCAUCAAAAUAUAUAUAGCAUUGAGAUUUUUAUGAUAGGAAUGUUAAGUAGUACAGUUGAGCAUGCGCAUAGAGAUAUUUGACAAGGCUCGGAAAUCUUUUCAUUGUGUACAAAUUUCAGUAUAUUGGUGUUUUAAACCCAAAGCAUGUGUAUGGAAGUAAACAUUUAAGACCUAAAAAUUUGUUCACCACGUGCGUGUUGGAAGUGCGUGUGCUAGACUGUAUUACACUGCCCGUAAUAGUGUAUCGUGUUUGUAGAGGGAGUGAAGCUAUAUUUGUGAUAAAUGAAUGUGGAAGGGGUGACUGUCUUGAAGUGUUUGUGGAGAGUGUGAAUUCAUUCAACUGUGAUAACAUCUUGAUGUAUAUGAGCCACUCAUUCGUGUACCCAAUGCUCUGAGAAUGAGAUACUCAGCUGAUAGCUUUAUGCUCCGAUUUGCACAUAUAUAUAUAGUAUGAUAAUAUAGUUUUCCUGCCAAUAAACAGUGAACUCAUAUGUGGUUUAUGUUAUUAUAAUAUGAAUAGUAGUGUUAGAUUACUUCAUGGUCAGUAUGUGGAAGCUAGACAACAAAGCAGGUGUUGGUAUUUGAACCCUCUUACUGCCAGGUAUGCUCCAUGAUCACAAUGUAUAGCAGCCAGAGGCAGUCUCAACCUAGACAAGAGUCUGUAGAGUAAUGAUUAACCCUAAUGCCUGGCAUGCAAAAAAAUGUGUAUUCGAGUCUCAAAUGGGGUGUCCAUGUACGUCUUUCUUCUGGGCAGUAUUUUUCUCUUCUUUUCUUUGUAUGUUGCUCUUCAGUAACACCUCUUUUCUUCGGCACUUAUAUGACCUAUUUGUGUUGCAAGUACCGUAAAACUCUUACUAAAAUUAAAAGUACUUCCUGCAUUGAUGGGGGCAAUAAACGUUUACAAAAUCUCGGACCAGGCAGUGAAGGGCUCAGAGAACUCUCCAUAGUUCUGAGUGAUAUUGUCUUUCUUUUCAGGCAUCUUUUGUAUUUCGUUCUUUCUAUGGUUAAAAUCUUCCACAUUCCAAUUUCUCAUUUGGCAUAUUAAUGAUGCUCUUGAAGGUGCCAUCACAGCAUAGAGGAUAGUGAAAUUAGAAGCUGAGCAGGACUGACAAACAUAAUAAUGUCUUGGUGUACAUUAUGAUAUCAUGGUCUCAGGAUGUGGUCUCUGUCUCCACUCAGGGGCGGAUAAUAGAGAGAAGGUAGAGGAAGGUGCUCUAGUCACAUGUUCUUUGAAUACUGCUCAUCUGAAUUUGCCUUGGCACAAAAAUGCAAGAUUGUGAUUUUCAAUUAAUUUGUUCCAGCUGGAUGUAGUUUUUGGGGGUCUUUUUCACUGUGUGAGAUUCUCAAAAUGUUUAUUAAAAAUUUAGGACAAAUUUAUUUGAAUGCUCAGUCCUGUCCUUUGUGUCGUACUGUUAAAAAAUCAGAACGUCGAAAAAUGUUUGAAAUUUUUACCUUCAUUCUGUUGUUAUUGCUCGUUUUACCUUUUGUUUUACAAUGAAAGAAUCAUUCCAGGAUUAAGAUUUUUGGGGGGCUCCUUUCAAUGGUCACCAUUCUGUUUAGUUGUGCUUUUUUUAUGCGAUUUCACAAUUGUACAUUCAAAUCUUUUUAAGGUUUCAAAAGGUGGGGCACACUCCCUUUUAGAGCAGCUUGUAUUUCAGCGGCUGUUGGCAACUGCACAUUGAUUCCGUAACGUGAGUACUGGCCAACAGUGUCUCUUUGAUAUAUUUUGUUCAACUUGAAACUAGAAGACAUUCCACAAAUUGAAGCUUUAGAUUUACCAAGCACACUGAGAACCUUCAACCUGUGAGGAAAAGAGCUUUCCCUUGUCUUAAUCUUUUUGACCGACCACACUGUUGUUUCUCUAGUGAUAUCACAUGUGAAAAAGGUAUUAUGAUUCUGUUUAAACUUAAACUCUAAUUUAUAAAGAAAAAGCCCAUAAAGUUUGUGCCAAUUACUAGGGGGUUUUUUUCAAGUAAAAAGAUGUUGCAAUGUUGUGUAAUAUACCAUUGUGUCAUAGUCAUUUUAAAAACGUCUAAAAGUUCUGUCCACGAGUUCUUGAGUAACAUCAGCUUCAUUGCCGCUGUUCACGAAGUAUUAAUCUUACUGAUAACUCUUAUUGUUGAAGAAUAAUUGCUUUCUUUACCUUUUUUUAAAUCAGUCUAUCUAUUGAUGACAGAUGUGUGUAUGCAAGUGUGUGUGUGUGUUAAUUUUCAGUGCCUGGUACAUGUUGUUUUUCAUUGCUUUGUGAACCUUGAAGACCUUGCUGUUAUAAAGACAGAAAAAACUUUAGAUUGGUACUUUUGGUCUUUUUACUCAUCAUGCUUUUUAAACUGGUUAAAGAGGUUGAAAUACUCUGUAAUAGUAUAGGUUACGUAAUGGCCAUAUGAGUUCUCAUGCACUGAUGAAGGACGAACUGUACUUAUACUAUUUUGCUUCUUGUGUUACAUUUUCACCACAAGUUGUAGACUUUUGCACCGUAAAGCCAACCCUUUAUUGUAACAAUCUCCUACGAUCCUAUGGCAUGAACAAUAUUCUGUCAAAUAUAUGUAUAUACAUAUAUAUUAUAACAGCACUUUAUAUGUCUGUGUAUUUUCCUGGUUUCUGGUUACAACUUGGACUGAAGUUUUAAGUUGUUCAUAACUUUAAAUGGAGUUUGUGGUGGAAUGGUUACAUGCUCAAACAGUUGAGGUUGCCUUGGACUUUCCCUGCCUAUCUCUGCUCAAUCAACACAAUUACUCUGCCGUAUGCGUAAGCUGACAAAAUGCCUUUUUUUUUUAUUCACAGCAGUUUCGAGAUAACAAGGUUUUUUUUUUGUCAGC